GUCUGACGGGCCUUUAUAAAGGAACUUCGACAAGUUCCUCUCAGUUCCUCCUGGUCCCGAACUUGGAUUUGAAGUGCUCAGCGGCUGCGGCUCUUCUUCUGCUCUCUGAAACUUUGCGGCUGAGGCUACCUGAGAAUGGGCGACUGGAGUGCUCUGGGCCGCUUGCUGGACAAGGUCCAGGCCUACUCCACUGCGGGGGGGAAGGUGUGGCUGUCAGUCCUCUUCAUCUUCAGGAUCCUGGUCCUGGGGACCGCCGUGGAGUCCGCCUGGGGAGACGAGCAGUCUGCAUUCAAAUGCAACACUCAGCAGCCUGGCUGUGAGAACGUGUGCUAUGACAAAUCCUUCCCCAUCUCCCACGUGCGCUUCUGGGUCCUACAGAUCAUCUUCGUGUCCACGCCCACGUUGCUCUACCUGGCUCACGUCUUCUACCUAAACAGGAAGGAGCAGAAGUUUGCCAGGAAGGAGGAGAUACUUAAAGCUGUGCAAAAUGAUGGAGGUGAUGUUGACAUCCCGCUGAAGAAAAUUGAGUUGAAAAAGCUCAAGUAUGGCAUCGAGGAGCACGGCAAGGUGAAGAUGAAAGGGGCCCUGCUCAGAACCUACAUAGUCAGCAUUUUAUUCAAGUCUAUGUUUGAGGUGGGCUUCCUGGUGAUCCAGUGGUACAUAUACGGCUUCAGCCUUAAUGCAGUGUACACCUGUGAGAGGGACCCCUGCCCCCAUAGGGUGGACUGUUUCCUGUCCCGUCCGACGGAGAAGACGGUCUUCAUCAUCUUCAUGCUGGUAGUGUCUAUGGUAUCUCUGAUGCUCAACGUCAUCGAGCUCUUCUACGUUUUCUUUAAGAGGAUCAAAGAUCGCGUGAAGGGCAGACAGCCCCCCAUUCUGUACCCAAAUGCAGGCACAUUGAGCCCCACUCCUAAAGACCUGUCCACCACUAAGUAUGCCUACUAUAACGGCUGUUCCUCCCCCACCGCACCACUCUCACCCAUGUCCCCCCCAGGCUACAAACUAGCCACAGGGGAGCGGGGAACUGGCUCCUGCCGUAACUACAACAAGCAGGCCAACGAGCAGAACUGGGCCAACUACUCCACAGAGCAGAACCGCCUUGGCCAGACUGGUGGAGGAAGCACUAUUUCAAACUCCCAUGCCCAGGCUUUUGACUUCCCCGAUGACACCCACGAUAAGAAACUGUCGUCGGCCGCAGGACACGAGCUGCACCCGCUAGCGCUGAUGGAGGCGCGGCCCUGCAGCCGGGCCAGCAGCCGCAUGAGCAGCCGGGCCAGGCCGGACGACCUGGACGUGUAAUAAGCCCUGCGCCCCCCCCCCCAACAUGUGGCUGAAAACACUUCAUCACAUGUAAGAUCCAUGUGGGGGGGUUACCUCAAUCACAGACUCUUAGUCACUCAAAGAGAGAUUUCAUUUGUUAUGUAACACUGUCAUAGGUACACGUUGCAAAUAUUUGUUCAAUAACUGUUGGUUGAGAGAAGACUAACAGCCAGUGGUUUACUGCUCUCAGUUGCCAUGGUUACAGCUACAUUCUGUUCUUUGUUUCUGCUAUUGGUGACAGCAUUUCACUUCCCAUCAUCACAUCUGAAUAAGGAGCCUUCUUAGUUUUUUACAUGUGAGUAGAUCAAAAGGAGUCUUUUCUGCUUAUUCUGGUUCAUUUACAUUCUGUUGGCCAAUAAGCACGCCACACUGUUUGGACUUAAAAAAGUGAGUAAACUCUACUCUGCUACUUCUGAGUUUAAGGUAACUCUUAAGUGAGUCAGCUUUCAGGUUAAAAACAAACACACAUGCAUUGAGUAGCUCCUACACUUUGAGUGCAUCAAUAUAAUGAAUCCAUGGUAACUCUUGUCCCAGUACUUUAUUCAAAUCACUUGAGUCGGAACAAAGACACAGCCUUAUCGGGGCCUACAGCAAGUGUUAGUGCAGGAUGCUUAAUAUCAGUUGAGUGAAUAUGUAUUGCUUGGCAUCAGUAGGACUUCCAACAAGUGACUACUAUCAGCAUCUCUAACUCACAGAAAACAUUUUUCAUUAAUCCCCUGAAACUUUAUAUUUAUUGACAGUAAGACAUAUUGUUCUCUUUGGUUACUUUUUCAGUCAGCAUGGACUGUGGUUUCCUGAUACACUUUGAAUGUAUGUGCUGUUAUGUUUCCAUGUGUGUGUGAGGGUUCAGCAAACAUAAAGGAAGGCUUUAUUAUUGGGUCUUAUCUUUUUCAUCUUUCGUGGCCUGUAGAGAAAGACAGUAGAAUGGUUUUCGUUCUUUUACAUAUUUGAAUGAAUGAUCUUUUUUGUUCUGUAGGUAUUGUUUUCUUUUUCAGACUCAAUGUAGCCCUUGCUGCUUGAGGAAUAGAUGUUUAAGUACUGUACAUGCAGCUAACUAUGUCACAAUAAAAAUGUGAGUUUUUAGAAGACUGCCUAUAGAUCUGGACUAAUAUUUAGUCAGUUAUAUUAAAAUGUAUGCCAAUGUAGCUCCAUAACUACAAACACUAAGAUCAUUCUCAAUUUGGCCUUUUUUUCUUUGAAUUGUAAUUGUUUAAAUCAUCCUUUGUGCAUCAUAUUGUCGGUACUUACGUGUGUCAUGGAUCUUUCAGCUACAAUGGCAUUUGCACUGAAAUCUUGAUGGUAGAGAUGUAAUGUGAUGCACACAGUUAGUUGUAAGAGUUUUCUGAUACACAUGUUACUAAUUUAUUUUAUAACACAAAAAUCACUACAGUGCAUACCAUUAGACAUCUGAGCUCUGGUCCUGUGAGAGCAGGAGCAGAGCUCAUUUGUUGCCAUAAUUCAGUCUAUGCUAAUCCCUCCACUGUUGUACAGUGUAAGUGCAAAACUCUCUCAUUGUAUCUGUGAAAAGCUAUUUUAACCAAUAAAUGUACAACAGUUGACAAAUUG